AUGUUAAUCUCACGCGCGACACUCCCCACCUUCAUACUUCUUAAUGCCGCAGUACUCGUAAAGAGUUGGGAGUACAACUUCCCAGAAAAUUGGCAAGCACAAUGGACACAAAUCUCCCAAUCGGUUCUAGGGCCGGAUGAAGGUUGCAUAACAAGCCACAUGACCGCAUUUGAAGUAGCCAAGCCUGGAACGGAUAUAUGGUUCUCGACGAGCCCAUUUGACGAUUUCGAUGCCCCGAGAAUUCUCCCACUGAAUUCCAGCUCUGGCGAACAGUGGGAGUUUGAUGGUGUCUCGGAUGAUGGCAUGUUCUCUUUUAUCUUCGGAUUUUAUCGAGACCCUAGUCUGUCACUCAUGGGUUCAGGGAAUUUUCGUCUCUCGGCCGAACUUGCUUAUGCGAAUGGGACUCGGUUUGGAAGGGUUGAUUACGCAGCUGAGUCAAUCGUACAGUCUUGUCCAGGUGGCACAAAAGGGGUGUGGAAGGCCAAAGAUUUCAGCUACACAUUUGAGGUCUCAAAGGAUAUGAGUAGGCUGAGACUUGGGAUGGAUACGCCAGAUUUGAAAGGAAAUAUCUUUAUGACUUCGAAGACGCUCCCUCGCUAUGGGGACGCUAAAUCUUGGCCGUCUGAUUCUGCGGCCACGGAAGUUGCACCUCAUUUCCAUUGGGUGGAUCCUAUUCCGGUCGGAGACGUGAAUGUUGAUUUGACUGUGAAGGGGGGAAAAUUUGCCUGGGAAGGAUUGGGAGGCCACAGCCGUAUUUGGGCCUCUUUCAAUUGGUAUACAUGUCUCAUGGCUAUGGAUGUGGUUCGAAUGAAAGCCGGACCUUACUCUCUUUUAUACAUACACUUCAAGUCUAGAAUCACCGAUGGCGAAGAGUACGCAUCGGCAUCUCUCAUGAAAGACGGGGAGAAAAUAUUCUCUUCUACAGUUGGCCAAGUCUCUAAGUCGGAGGAUUACGUUCGGAUGACGAAGACCUAUGGUGGAACCGUUUACGGUACGCUUCGAGACAAAGUUACUGGAUACGAACUUGAGUUGAUUUCGCCUCGGAAGAAGAAACACUGGACUUUCAUCAUGGAGCAUAAAAAUAUUGCGUUUGAGUAUCUAAUUGGAAAUGGCCGCGGAGGCAGUGGAUUUUGUAGUAGCUCGAGUGGAGGACCUGUUGGACUGGAGCAGUUUAGGGGUGUUGCAUUGACAGAGGCGCUUAACUUCCCAGACAGCUCCCCUCUCUUCAAAAACCAAUAUGUAAAAUGA